CGCGAGCCCGUCUCUCCGGGGACUUGGCUGUCUCCUGGCUGUCUCUUUAAGCUCCCUGCUCUCUCUGCCUCCCUCCCUCUGCAGGUCCCCUUCCCCUCCCCCUGCUCCGGCUGCUUCUCUCCUUGUCGUUUGCAGCUGCUGGGCUCUGCCUGCUUGCCCGCCUCCUCUCUCCCGGCCUCCCUGGACCAGCCAGCAGCCAUGGCCGACAUCAAGACGGGCGUCUUCGCCAAAAACGUCCAGAAGCGGUUGAACCGGGCCCAGGAGAAGGUCCUUCAGAAGCUGGGAAAGGCCGAUGAGACUAAGGAUGAACAGUUUGAGGAAUAUGUUCAGAACUUCAAAAGGCAAGAGGCAGAGGGAACCAGGCUCCAAAGAGAACUACGGGGAUAUUUAGCUGCUAUCAAGGGCAUGCAAGAGGCCUCUAUGAAGCUAACAGAAUCUCUCCACGAAGUCUAUGAGCCUGAUUGGUUUGGACGGGACGAUGUCAAAAUGGUUGGUGAGAAAUGUGAUGUUCUCUGGGAGGAUUUCCAUCAAAAGCUGGUGGAUGGUUCCUUGCUCACCCUGGACACGUACCUCGGACAGUUUCCUGAUAUCAAAACACGUAUUGCAAAGAGGAGCAGAAAACUGGUGGACUAUGACAGUGCACGGCACCAUCUGGAAGCCCUUCAAAGCUCCAAAAGAAGAGAUGAAGGGAGAAUCACAAAGGCAGAAGAAGAGUUUCAGAAGGCUCAAAAGGUGUUUGAAGAAUUUAACAUUGAUUUACAGGAGGAACUGCCUUCUCUUUGGUCUAGGCGAGUGGGAUUUUAUGUAACCACCUUCAAAAAUGUGUCUAGCCUUGAAGCCAAGUUUCACAAGGAGAUUGCUUUGCUCUGCCACCAGCUAUAUGAGGUGAUGACGAAGCUUGGUGACCAGCAUGCCGACAAAGCCUUCACAAUCCAGGGGGCCCCCAGUGACUCCGGACCCCUCCGCAUCACGAAGACGCCAUCGCCGCCUGAAGAACUUUCACCUCUCCCCAGCCCUGCCGCCAGUCCAAACCACACACUGGCACCUGCUUCUCCGGCCCCAGCGCGACCUAAAUCACCUUCACAGUUGAGGAAAGGGCCACCUGUCCCACCUCUGCCCAAGCUCACCCCCACGAAGGAACUGCAGCAAGAGAACAUCAUCAACUUCUUUGAGGACAACUUUGUUCCUGAAAUCAGUGUGACAACUCCAUCGCAGAUUGAAGCCCCUGAGGCAAAGAAAGAGGAAUCUUUGCUGGAUCUGGACUUCGACCCUUUCAAGCCCGAAGUGGCAUCAGCGGGAUCUGCAGGGAUCACCCAUUCGCCCAUGUCUCAGACACUGCCCUGGGACCUGUGGACGACCAGCAGUGAACUGGUGCAGCCGGCAUCGAGUGGUGCAUUUAAUGGAUUCACACAGGUUGAGCCAGAAGAAGUUCCUUCGGCAGGACCCAAAGCUGAGGAGCCUCCUUCCGCUGCUGCAGUUACCGAACCCGAGGUCCCGGCCGCCCAGCCCAGCGAGCCUCCAGAGGAGGCCGCGGAGACUGUGGAAGCUGGAGCGGAGAAAGCUGCACUUACUGAAACAGAGCAGGGCGAGGUGGUGUCUACUACUGACACUGGAGCGGUACCUGGGGCCGAAGGAGCCAUGGAGUCGGCAGCUGAAGCGGCCCCCAUUUCCGUUCCUGUGGACGAGGCAGACAGAGGGCCGGUGGCCGGAAGCGAAGGGCCCAGUGUGUUGGAGGCCAAAGGUGCUCCUGACACCGCGGAUGUUGGUGGGGAAGAUAAAUCUUCUCCAGAAGAGAAGGGAACAGAGGUGCCUCAGGAAAAAGUCAUCCCAUCGGUCAUUAUAGAACCAGCAUCCAACCACGAAGGGGAGGAAGACCAUGACAUGAGUCCAGGUGGAGAAUCGAAGAAGGGGUUGGAAGAUGUGACCCUCCAGGGUGACACGAGUGACCGUUCCGUGGAUGUCACUGAGCAGAAAACAUUGGAGGAUACUCAGGCUGCCCCAUCAGAUGGUGCUGGCCGCUCCGUAUUGGCGAGCGAUACAUCAGCGGAAUUACCUCCUGGCUUUCUCUAUAAGGUUGAAACGCUGCAUGAUUUUGAGGCUGCUAAUUCUGACGAGCUUAACUUGAAAAGAGGAGAUGUGGUCCUGGUCAUCCCCGCUGAGACAGAGGAAGAUCAGGAUGCCGGGUGGCUGGUAGGAGUGAAGGAGUCCGACUGGAUCCAAUUCAGGGACAUUGCUGCCUACAAGGGCCUUUUCCCGGAGAAUUUCACCCGGCGCCUGGACUAGCUCUCGGCUUGGGCAAGGCGGUCUGACAGGAAGCUCGGUCGAAGGUUUCCAGACCCUCUGGGAAACCCGGGUGCCCCCUUUUCUAGACACCCUGAUAACAGUUUUACAGACUGUUGCCAGACUGUUGGAGAAACAUUUCUGAAGGAGCAUGUAGUGCAGAAAUAGAGAAGGAAAAGGCAGCGUCAAAGAAGUAGGCUAGCCUCUUCUGAAAGAAAACAGAAAAAAAAAAAAAUAUUCCCAUGUGUUCGCCCGUGUGUGGCAACAGGUUUGUUUGUGCUUUGUCGGAGCUGUGGUGAAACCUGUACUUAACCCUUCCCCACAAUGUCUAAAUUAGCCUCCUCAAACCGGAACCUUAAUUUCUCUGCAUUGAGCGUAUCGUAUUGAGUUGCAGCACUGCAGGACGAAUAAUACUGUAGUAAUGACCUCUCUCCCCCCGCCCCCGCCGCCACGUUUUCUUUUAUUCUCUAACUUUUUUCCUUCUCCCUCUGUCUCAUUUCUUCUCUUUCUCUCCCCUCUUCUGUGUUCAAAAACCAAACCGCUGCAGAUGUUUUCGGUGUUCUUUUCAGCAACCUAUAUAACCUGCACAUAUUUCCCGCCUCCCUCGCAUCAGGAUAUAUGCGUAUGCUCAUGGCUGCAUAGGCAUAUUCAAAGCCUUUACCCUUCAUUAGAGUUCUUUGCCUCUAGAGGGAUCGAUCCAGGAAUUGCUCUUUCCCUGUCUGGCAUUAUAGUACAUAGUUUUGUCUCUGAGCAAAACGGGCUGUUCCAUUGCCAAAACGUUAGGCGGUAUCUGUGUUUGUAAUGUGAAACCUUCAUCUGAUGGCAAUUGACAGCGAUCGGAAGCUGCUAAAACCUGGGGAAGGCACAGGUCGAGAGCGCCAAGACAUCCGGCUUUGGGAGUUAGAGACGAGCUAGUCCGGAUGGAGUGGAGAAUGUUAUUCUAGUCUUUUUUAUUUCAAUGGCUGGAUGAGUGGAAACAAACCCACAAAGACUCUAUUAAAAAAAGAAAGCCCCCAUAUAUUUUCACCCUAUCUAUUUAUGCAGCUCACCUUCACAGAUUCUUAAAAAUAAGAUAUAUGAUGUAUUCUGUAUCAAGAAGUCAUCUGUAACGAUUAUGUUUUUCAGUGUUGAAUCAUUAUGAAUAAAUCUCUGAUCAUCUCCAGAAA